GAAAGCGUAGUUGACUGCGGUUAAAAGGAGCAGGAAGGUGUUAGCUAAAGCGACAUUUCUUUUGGCGACUCAAAUAUGUCUGGCAGGGGGAAAACCGGAGGAAAAGCUCGGGCUAAAGCCAAGUCUCGUUCAUCGAGAGCUGGACUUCAGUUUCCAGUCGGUCGUGUCCACAGAUUAUUACGCAAAGGGAAUUACGCAGAGCGCGUAGGCGCAGGAGCGCCCGUGUAUUUGGCUGCUGUGCUGGAAUAUCUAACUGCUGAAAUUCUCGAGCUGGCUGGAAACGCAGCGAGAGACAACAAGAAGACAAGGAUUAUCCCCCGCCACCUGCAGCUCGCAGUCCGCAACGACGAGGAGCUCAAUAAACUUUUAGGUGGCGUUACCAUCGCCCAGGGUGGAGUGUUGCCAAACAUCCAGGCUGUUCUCCUACCCAAGAAAACCGAGAAGCCAGCAAAGAGCAAGUAGUCGGCUUUGUGACCGAGGACACUGGCAUAAUGGCUCUAUGAGGAGCCACCAUUUUGAGUCUGAAUAGUAUUUCUUGUUCUUACUUUGUUACAUUGUGUUUUGUUUGAUCAAACUAAGGAGAUGCUUCAUCAUGUAAACUGAAUUUUGCUAUCGAUGUUUCUUGGACGAUUCCUUGUGUUUAAAGCAACGCACGGUGACGCGUCCAUAUCAAAGUCAGCACUACCACACCACUGGCUAAAAAUGGCCAAAGGACAUGUCUUAACUUGCCAUUAAAAGACUAUCUAAAAACAAACGGCUUACUCAUCGGCGAGGUGAAAAGGCAAUCUGCGUAUUUCAUAGUUUGUGGACCAAUGCUGGUUCCAUUGUCUUCGGUAUAGCUCUCAAUGACAAGAACCAUGUUGUUUUUCUCCGCUGUUCUAACGUUUUGUUUCAAUAAAUGUCAAGCGCCUGCGUAAGGCACAAAGACA